CAUAGGCAAAGUACCCGUCUCUUAUACCUGAUGCACCACUGGGUUGGAAAAUAAAUUAAAUUCUUUGAACUCGACGCUUGCAGAAGCUGUGGUCGCAGUAACAGAAGAGCAUCGGGUGAGUGAACGAAUAUACAGGAUUUUCUUGUGACGGUGAUCUUUGUUUUUGUGGAAUCUUUCAACAUGGGCCGGUUGAUAUUUAAUUAUUGUAUUAUUACUCUAUUUUUCCGAAUGACAAUUGACGCAGAAUCAACUUCCAUAUUUUCCAAUACACAGCCUAUUCGAUCAAGCAUCAGGAUUAAACGGCAGUUUGGAUUUCCUUCUCAAUCAUUUUCAAGACAAAGACCAAUAAAUAACGCAGGAUUUGGAAAUUUUCCUGGAGAUAAUGCAAUUUUCUUUGACGACAAUAACGUGUUUAACGACUUUGUAGUACCUACGAAUGGAAAAAAUAACCAAUUUUCUACUACACCUAGACAAAACUCCAACCUAAUUGCUGCUACACCUAGUCAAAAUAAUAAUCAAUUCACUUCUACAUCUAGGCCAACAUCAGGUUCAGGUACAACUGUAGCUAUACCUGGAAUGGGCACUACCAGUUCAGCAUGUGAGGAUAGGUGCUCAACCACUCAACAAUACAAUCCUGUAUGUGGUAGUAAUAAUGUUACUUACAUCAACAAAGCUAGGUUUGAUUGUGCUGUUAGAUGUGGAAGAAGGAUUCGAAUUGCAUCUAACAAAGCUUGUCCGCGGGUUUAGGGUAUCCACGUUGAUGUAUUGUCAAAGUUUAGUAUUGUCUCUGUCAUUAUUUAUCUUUUAUCUAUUUAUCUAUAUACAUAAAAUUCAAAGUUCACGGGGUAUCCGGAUAUGCGCUCUAAAACCACUUAUCCGAUUACGAUGAAACUUUGGUAGGUUAUUAUGGCCAUCCCAAGGAAGGUUUGUGGAUAGGUUACGCAUCUCGGCAAAAGAAAUUAAUUUUGAAUUAGGAAUUAUUAAUUUAAUUGUAAACAAACUCAUUCACAUUACAUAACAACAUAACACAACUUUUUUUGACAGCAUGAAAUAACGUUGACAUAUUUCAUUUAUUUAGGCUUGCAUUCAACCGACGUAACUUUAUUAUUUUUUGAAUUCAAGAACGGCUGGACCGAUCUUGAAUUAAUACCACGUAUCUUUAUAUAAGGUGAAUUCGAUUGACCCAGAUUAGAUCGAUUUGGGUUCAAUUUAAGUGAACUUCUUCUGAUCUAGAUAAUUUUUUUGUUGAUGAGGGUGCACUGAUCCAGCUUGAAUCGAACACAGUGUGGUUCAUUUAAAUUGAAACAGAUCGAUCUAAUCCGGUCAAUCUAAUCGGCUAUAGAGGAGAGUGAUAUAGGCUAUUUUUUAUCCCGAAAAAAAAAGUUCGGUUGCGUAAAACUCUGAUACACUGGAACGCCUAUAAACCGCCCGGGGCGCUCUAGAGCAGCACUGGAGUGCUUAAAAUGCGUCACUGAACUCACUGGCAAGCGACUCUGAUGUCGGAUUAAAAAAAAAAAAUUAAAUAGAAAAUCAACAACAAAAUUUGAAAAGAAGUGUAUUAUUUCAAAAUGUAUUUACACCCUGGCAACGCAGCGGGUCAUUAGCUAGUAGGUAAUAAAAUGAUAAGUAUCUAUAUAGCUUUGUAAAUAUUUGAAAGAAGACUAUUGUUGAGAAUACCAGAGUUUCUUCGAUAGAGUCGAACAGAUAGACUAUUUUUAGUGGUUUAAUAAAAGUCAAUUGCG